AUGGGGCUAGGGCAGAACUCUGCCGUGCGGGGUGAAUGGAUUGCCGCAGUCUCCUUAGCUGUUGGAGCAGCUGCUGUUGGGUACCUAGCUUACAAAAAAUUCCUCUCUAAAGACAAGUGCUGCAAAGCAAUGGUUAAUCCCCACAUCCAGAAGGAUAACCCCAAGGUAGUCCAUGCAUUUGAUAUGGAAGAUCUGGGAGACAAGGCUGUGUACUGUCGUUGUUGGAGAUCUAAGAAGUUCCCGCUGUGUGAUGGGUCUCACACAAAGCACAACGAGGAAACCGGCGACAACGUUGGGCCUCUGAUCAUCAAGAGGAAGGAGGCGUAGAGUGGACAGUAGAAGCUGCAAAAUGAAUGUCUGACAAAUCCUCUGCUCACUUGUAAUUGGGGGAAAAAAACCAUAAAUUCUUUGUCAUGUCACUGAAGACUUUCCAGUGUAGUAUCUAUACAACAGGCUUCAGCAUGUGUAUUUUUCUCUGGUGCUUGUCUUGUUUUAAUCACUACAAUGCAUAAUUUACUAAGUAGUCAUGGUUUGAAUUUUUUGUCCUGUAAAGUGUGUGUGUGCUCUCUCAUUGAGUAUGAAACUGAAAUGACACUCAGAAUGUACUUCAUCAGAAAAUAGCUAUUAAAUUAUUUUCAAAUACAUGUGUACUACUCUGAGGCUAUUUAGUAGAAUGUGCAUUCAAAAGGUAGAUCCUAAAAAUGCUGGAGAGGUUCUGAAGUCACAGGUGUGGACAGAUUUCUAUGUAAAAGGCAGCAGCAUGAAAGAAAUCAUGGUGCCAAAAUGCAGCUUAACUCUUAAUGCUACAUGUUCUGUAGGUGCCAUGUGUGGCCUGUUAGACUACUGUCUGUCUUCUGUAAAAGAACAAAUUGAAAGCUGCUGUGAACAGACAACAUCAAAGGCUUACAGCCAGAUGGGGCUAAAGAGCAACUUCACCUUUGAUUUUUCAGCAUUGUUGAAACUCGACCCUACCACCAUAUGCUAUCAAGAACACGCUCCCAGACUGCAGACCUGUAUUUAGAGUAGGCUUAGGAAGAUGGUCUCUGUGAGAGCUUUCUUAAUAGAUGAGUGAAAUGAUAGGAAGCGAUCAAAGCGUGAUGGGCAGGAAGUGGCGGGGUUGUCUUUGCUGCUAGAAGGCCUUAGUGUCUGUUGCAGUCUCUGGCAAUGAAGCCGACUUCCACAGGCUGCAGGAUGCUGCUGUGGAAGAGGCAAUGCCAACUGAUUCCAGUAGCUAAAAUCAAGCCUAAACCCCACCCAUCUUUACUGCCUGCUUCAUCAUUGCUCUGGCUGGUUCCAGAGGACUCCUCUCUGUGGAGGGAGGAGGCACACCUUCCUUACUAAGUGGCCUUAGGCUCUAUGUGUCUUAAGUAACUCCUGCCUCCCUGGGCUAACUCCUAGUGUGGUUCAACUAAUUUUACCAAAAGAAAUUAUGUGGACAAAGAAAGGCUUUGGUGACAGCUAGAAAAAAGGGGGAAGGGAACGAGGAGGCAAGGACAGCUCUUGCCCUUCCUUCCUAUGGCACUUUGACACAGUUGUAUUCGUAGCUGUUAUGUUGGUUUCCCUAAAUUAAAUAGCUUUGACUUUUUGACAUAAAAAGCAAAACCCAAAGACUGGGGUGGCAGAGGGCAGUUUUGGACACCCAGACUUACCACAGUUGCUGCCUGUGAGCUGUCAGUGUCCUAGCCCAGACAGUGUUUCUAAGUUAGGAGAAUGGCCUUUUCAAGAAGCUGACAUUUUAACCUGGAACCUUAAGGAUUCUUCCACAUGAUCAGGGCAAUUGAGGUUUUACUUAAUUUUUUCUUUUUUUUUAAGGGUGUGAUUGGUCUGACUGGUUAAGAUUGAAGAAAAUAUUGCGCAUGUUCUCUGUGAGACUUUGGGAGACUGAGGGCCUUAGCUGACUACACUCAACCUUGGCAGAAGGCACAAAAAGUGGCAGACAGGUAGAGAAAAGAGUUUGCAGAUACAGUGUUACAGUAGGGGCAACUACUGUCUGUGAGAGACCUCUGCUUGUAAUAAUUCAUGUUCAGAUUCAUUUAGUUUCUGUCUUUUUACUUGACUGUAAAGGUAUUUGAUUAUUUUUUUUUACUUUGCUGAUGCAUAUGGAAAGUUGUUCUAACCUCAAAUUAUCAAACACAUGGCUUUUAUCCAAAACAAAAUUGUUUAUUAUUAGGCUAUGACACUGGAUAUUUCUGUAUUAUUGUCAAAUGCACAUUUGAGCUCAUGUUAAUCUCGAGGUUGUAACGUCUGUGUUAUAUCAUGGGUGUGCCAUUUCUGUCAGGGGAGAGUUGCACUGUGAGUAGCUCUGUACUAUGCCAGUGCUGCUGUAGUCAUCAACCUGCAUCUGUGCUGGGUUGUCCUGAGACUUUUUCUGCUAGCAGCAAAGCCUGGCUGCUUUGAAGGAAUGAAAGUUCACUGAAAGCUGCAGUAAUGUUCUGAAAGAUGAAAUCCUAAAGUUUCAGAUGAGUCUCUAGAGUCAUAAACGAUUUCCUGGAGUUUGCCAGUAAAACAUUUCCUGAAGCUUGGGUGUCAGGGUUCCAUGAGAAGUUUUUGUUCCUGGGAAGCAAAGAUGCAGGAGCAAACUAUGUUUAUUUAUAUCUUUGGCAAGUUAGUUUUGGAGAAGUGUCACAUUUAAAUGUUGACCCAAAGUGGUUAAAUCUUAUUUUGAUGUACAUACAGUUUACUUUACCUAAAAGUUCCUGUUACUUAAAUGGGUUUUUAAGACAGGCUAAUGUAAACAGAGGCUUGGAUUCAAGUACAAACUCUCCAGCAGUCUUGAUGAGCAUCAUGGAGAACACUUGUUUUCCCUAGUACCACAAUAGGUCAUCAUGUUCCAAUGGUCUGAGUGCUUGCCUGCUUCAGUGUUUUCUGAAGUCUCUGUUCUUCAGUGCUUUCCUCAGUCUUUACAAUAUGAAAUCAAUUGAUGAUAUCUUUGCCGGGUUCUAACCAUAGAGAUUCUUUUCCAAAUGUGCAAUUUUUACCUCACAUUGAAAUUCCCCUGUGAAACUGUGGUACAAAUCCUUCCUAUUAAAGCAGUGAAGGAUUCCUGUCCCAGAAUAAAACUUGAUUUCUGUUCUGCAUUGUUAUUUUUCAACUUGUGUUUGUGAGGAAGGUGAAUAAAUUAAAGUUCUGAUU